UCACCACCGUCACUCUCUCUCUCUCUCUCUUUCUCUUUCUCUUUCUGUCUCUUUCUCUAUAUCUAUAUCUAUAGGUUUGUGUGUGUGUUUUGCACUAGUAAGAGAAAAUGGGUGUUGUGGGUUUGGCCUGCAUUGCGUCCCUUAUAUCACUAGUGUCACUAGUUGAAGCCAGAAUCCCUGGGGUUUACUCCGGCGGAGGAUGGCAAAGCGCUCAUGCUACCUUUUAUGGAGGCAGUGAUGCCUCUGGUACAAUGGGUGGGGCUUGUGGGUAUGGCAACCUUUACAGCCAAGGGUACGGCGUGAACACGGCGGCGUUGAGCACGGCACUUUUCAACAAUGGGCUGAGCUGCGGUGCCUGUUUCGAGAUCAAGUGCGCCAAUGACCCGACGUGGUGCCACUCGGGAAGUCCAUCAAUUCUCAUCACUGCCACCAACUUCUGCCCGCCGAACUACGCCCUGCCCAACGACAAUGGAGGCUGGUGCAACCCUCCUCGCCCCCACUUUGACCUUGCCAUGCCCAUGUUUCUCAAGAUCGCCGAGUACCGUGCCGGAAUUGUCCCCGUCUCCUACCGCCGGGUGCCAUGCCGAAAGCGAGGAGGGAUAAGGUUCACCAUCAACGGCUUCCGGUACUUCAAUCUGGUUCUCAUCACCAACGUCGCGGGUGCAGGGGAUAUCGUGAAGGCGAGCCUCAAAGGGUCCAAGACUGGUUGGAUCAGCCUGAGCCGUAACUGGGGUCAGAACUGGCAAUCAAACGCCGUGUUGGUGGGCCAGUCUUUGUCGUUCCGCGUCACGGGAAGUGACAGGCGCACCUCCACUUCGUGGAACAUUGUACCCUCCAAUUGGCAAUUUGGUCAAACCUUCACUGGAAAGAACUUCAGAGUCUGAAAAACACCAAAAACAAAAGCAAGUUUUCAAAUUUCCCGCCUUAACAAGUUUCCAGUUUUACCCUUAUUGGCGCCAAUUUUAAGAUGCUUUCUUUUUUGUUGUAGUAGUUACUGUUGUGUUUGGGUAGUGUGAAGGUUGAAAGAAAAUUAGAGUGGGUAAUUUUCGAAGUAUUUUGGUGAGGGGAUAAGCAAUUGGUAGGUGAGAGAGGCUGAGGCGGCUGCAGAAUCCAGUAGCCCGCAGCUUCUCAAAGUUAAUAGUACUGGUGGUAUAAAUUAUAUAUGUAUAAUAUCAUAUUUAUAUUUACAUAUAUAUAUGUAUCUAGGUAUGAGCAAUGUCUGGUCUAAAUUUGGCUUGUUUGAUCAACUUCUACCGAUUCUCUUAAUAAUAGCUGGUCUCUUUGAUCGUUUUAGUAA